GUUUAAGAAAAACAUACUCAUUUUCAGCCUUGUCUCUACUUAUUUCACAUAAAAAGUAAAGAACCAUGAGCGAGAGGAAAGCUGUUGUUAAGGCGGUUGACAUGGAAGAAACAUUGCAACAAAGUGCUAUUGAUUGCGCUAUUCAUGCUUUAGAAACCUAUCCUACUGAAAGGGAAAUGGCCGUUUACAUUAAAGAAGAAUUUGAUCGUAAAUAUUCUUUUUCUUGGCAUUGUGUUGUUGGAAGAAAUUUCGGCUCUUACGUUACUCAUGAGGCAAGGUAUUUUAUAUACUUCUACGUAGGACAAAUGGCUUUUUUACUUUUCCGUACGGCCUGAAAAUAAAAUCUUUCAUACAUAUAGUCCGAACACCUUAACUUUUUAGGUUUCUUAAUC